UUAAUUAAUAAAAGAAUCGCUGAGACCUGUUAUCAUGCAGUCUAUGUUGAGACGUCACAGCUUCUGCGAAGUUCUCGAGUUAUCAAUUUAUGAUAUUUACCUUAUGUGUUAUCGGUUGCUGCUCCUAACAUUGGCCUAAAAGCAUCAUAACCUGAAAAGUUACAAUUUUUACGCUGUUAGUAUUUAGUUAUCUUUAACGAAAGAGAGUCGGUGGGUGAAUUUAAAAAAAAAAAAAAACCGCCUAAACUGAGGGCAACAUGAACUGGGUCGGAGGAUCUAGGAACAGGUAUAUGAAAAGCAAAGAAGACACAACAAAACAGAGAGCGUUUUUUCAAAAGCAAAGGAUGAAACGAAAGUCAAAUACUGUGGACUCACCCAAAGGAUACAACCCUGACAAUAUGGAUCUGCUGACAUUAUUCAUAGUCAACCAGAUUUCAUCAAAGAAAGAGCAAACAGACAAGCCAAAAACAAACCUUUUGACUGGUGUGAAAAGAACCAAAAGAGCUUUGAAAGAACCCUCAGAGUUACCAAUGAGCCCUUGUUCUCCUUCAAACCUGAACCUAGUUACCAGUCAGCCACAGUACUGUAUUGAUACGCCUGGUUAUAAAGUCAGAAAACAUCGUCUCUCUGAAGAAUUCAAGUUCACACCGCUGUCUCCUUUGCUUGAAUCGAACCUGUCUGAUGCCAGUGGCUCAGAAAAUCAACCUCAACCACCCUCUGGCUCUUCAGAUCCAAUCCAACCUAAACCUGCACCACACAUAUCCUCUUCUCUGCCAAUUCUGGAAAAUCUUAACAAUAUGAUGAAUACUCCUCAGUUUGUGUCAUUCUCUCAACCAACAAAGCUGGCUAAUCCAUGGCCAGAUGAAGCUCUCAUGCAAGAUGUGUCACACAACAGCUCAGCAGCUGGAAAUCAGUUUCAGAGCACAUUACCAAACCCAGAGAGGGGAGAACAUUCAGAGGACUCAGUUUUAUAUCCACUCAACCCUUUGAAGAGCACUGAAGAACCGGAGGAGCCACUGUUCAUAGAUUUUAAGAACUUAGAUUAUAAAGUGCUCGACUCAAUGAAUUCUUGUGACAGAUCACAAAACAUGGACAGUAAUGACCACCUCUCAAUACAGGAAUCUGUAUGUACCGACAGCAACGCAUCAGGUGCUGAUGGUAGCAGUGUCUUUGUGCAUGUUGGUAAAUCUCCAAGAGGAGUUCAUCUCAGCUCAGAUGACAAAGAAAAGAAUGACCAGUGUCUACAGUGUUUCUGCCCAAAGAAACAGCUGUGGCAUUCUGAAGAGAGUGUCAAGGCAAAACACUUUUGCUUAUCGGUGGACAGUUUAACAGAAACGCCUUCACAAGCACCAUCCUGCCAACAGGUGGCAAAAUCUAACUGUGAUGGUCAAAGUGAGACAGAAGCACACAGGCAUGAUGGAACUCUCCCAAUAACCUUGGAAACAGGGACACAAACAGGAGCUUUAUUUUACCGAGAUGUCUCAGUUCAGUGCUCACUUAUUCAUCACAGAAACUCUGUCCCUUUCCCCUCUGCUAAUCAGAAAUCCAGUGCCUUCACCACAAGGUGGCAGUAUUCAAAUUUUAAUCAGUUGCUUAAUCCAACUACACAUACUUCUCCAAAACAUGGCCACAAAAAAACAGGAAACAUGCCCUCGGGGGCAUCAGCAACAAACCAGCAGGCACAGAGACAUCCAAAAUCACAAAUGGGCUUCUCCUUCCGCAAACUUCAUAGUCAGAAGAGCAUGAAAAGGGAUCUGUCAGCUUCGAAACAUCCUUUUUGCAAAGCCUCAGAACAGAAAAAAGAGGAAAGAAGGAAGAAAACAGACAAGUGUGACUACCCUCGGUUGGGAAAUGUGGUGCGAAACCCUGUCAAGGACGUGCAGGAGAAUUUGUGAAAGAGAUGAAGAACUUCACAGCAGAGAAAGGUGUGAACUGGGUUUCUACAGAAAUGAAAAAAAACUUCAAGAUGUUGCUGACGUUGAAGCAUACAGUAGAAAGGAUUAGACAGUAAGCAGAAUUACAUUUUGAAAAAAUUGAUUGUUAUCUCAGUUCAGAUUUGAUGAAAAACAAUACUGUAUGUUAUAUAUCUUUAUUAUUAUCUCCAAGUACAUAUUCAAGUUUUCAAAGUUCAUAUAUUUAGUUUCAUAGAAUAUAAAUCUAGUAAAACAUUUACAGCAACAGUAAUCAAAUACUGUACAACACAACAUUUGUCCUCACUAGUUUCCAUCAACAGUAUAAAUGCUGCAUUUUGUUUCACAUACAAAAACAAAAAAUACAUCCAAACACUUGAAACAGAUGUGUUCAUUGGUAAUAACACAAAUGGCUGUCCAUGUUGGAGCACCUCCCAAGUACAAUCUAAAAUUCAAAUACUGGAACACAUGAAACUGCUCAAUAAACCUCUAAAUUACAUCAUACAUGUAGACUGAAACUCAUUGACUUUUCUAAUGUCUCUAUUCAGACUCUAGUUGAAGCAAUAUGUUUUAUGUUACAGAUUGGUGUCAGCUGGUGUCUUAAAGGAAUAGUUCAUCCAAAUAUUUGAGAUUUUUGUUGUCCUUUUUGGAGAUUGCCUUCCCCUGGUUACAUGCUUUUAUUAUAUGUAAAUGGAGAGCUUGAAUAUUCUUCAGAACCUCUCCAUUUAUGUUCCACAGAGUGAGUAAACAAUGACCGAGGUCCAUUUGUGGCUGAACUAUUCCUUUAAAAUCGAAACUGAUAUAAUGCCAAACACUGUGCCAAUUUGAUUUGUGCUUCUCUCAACCAAAUUAAGUUUUAUCCAAUGGAAUAUAUCAAAUUACACAAUCAUGUAUCUGAACAAAACACACAAUACACAAGGCCUGAUGUGCACAAUUAUUUAUCACUGAACAGAGUGAAACCUUUAAACAGGAACUUGAGUCGACAUUAUUGGUUGCUUUCACAAGAGCCAUCAACUUGGUUUUGAUAAAGCUACAACCACAACAUAGAGAUUUUCAGGUCGGUUUAGCACACCUUGAUGUGUAUUUGUCUAUUUGUAUACUUACAAAGCAGCACAACAGAAUAUUGGAUAUUACAAUGUACUUGUCAAAACGGUUACCCUACACUGUUCCAUGGACAAGACCAAUGCGAUGACUUUUGUACACUAGGCUAUAAGGAAGACAAAUUAAAAUGAUAAUAAAAAAUAAAAUUUAAAAUGUAAACAUUUAAAUUACAUUUAAAAGCAAAUAAUUAAAAUUUUGGUAACACUUUAGUAUAGGGAGCAAUUCUCACUAUUAACUAGUUGCUUAUUAGCAUGCCUAUUAUUAAUAUAUUGUCUGUUUAUUAGUACUUAUAAAGCACAUAUUCUACAUGACCAUAUUCUACAUCCCUAAUCCUACCCAAUACCUAACCUUAACAACUACCUUACUAACUAUUAAUUAAGCAGCAAAUUGGGAGUUUGAGGCAAAAGUUGUAGUUAAUGGUUUGUUAAUAGCGAAAUUUGGACCUUAAAAUAAAGUGUGACCAAAAUUUUUAAAGAAAUGAGUCUUAACAACACGAUAAUGAUAUCAAAACUUAAGUCAAAAUUGUGAAAUAUUUUAUAAGGCCACACUACACUAUCACAGGGAACUCCAGAAAGCUACAUAAGACGUUUUGUGUCGAUAAUCUUUAAUCCUACAAACAUGAAGGUUCAAAUUACAAAAUAAACUACUGUACUUCAAAAACUAGACAGUGAUCGCAUAUUACAAACAAGCAAUGUGAUUUGCUACACAUUUUCAAAGCCUCGAAGAUUUUAAUGAGACAUGAAAAUGACGUUUAUUCACUUGUGUUUGAUUUUUGUUCAUAUUUAGGGAGUUACUUCAAAUCACUUAAAGCAGUUGGUUUGGAUUAUAUGUAGACUACUAAUAAAAAAAUUAGACACACUUAAAUGCCAAAAGCGUGCAAAGCUGUAAUAUCAGCAAUGGGUUGCUAUUUGUUAAAUAUUUUUGAUCUCUGCAUAAUUCCAUUAAUGAUAUUUCAUAUUUUAAUGACUUCACUGUGAAAAAUACUAUUAAAUGAUGAGUAGGUGCGUCCAAACUUUUGACUGGUAGUGUAGCUUAUAUUUUUCUUUGUGUGUAUAAGUGUUAUUUUCAAAUAUAAAAUUUGCAUUGAGUUCGCACUUAGACAUGACAUUAAGAAAAAAAUACUAUCCUUCUGCAUAUAUAUUAUUGAAUUUACAGCUAACAUCUCAUUUUACAUAAAUAAGCAGAGGAUAUUCAUCUGACAGUGGAGAAAUGAGCCAGUAGAUCUGCAAGUACUGUGACGCAAAAACAUACUGACGAUAUUAUAAAAGCUGACUUGGCACUGCGUGUUUGUGUGUGCUCUACAACCCUGUUCUUGCCGUCGCGUUGAAGAGAGGCUCAACCUGACCGAUACAGUGGGCGGGCCUGACGUCAGGGUUGAAUGAGGCUCAAUCGAUACCUUCUCAUCCCUGUUUAC